AGGCCGCAGUGAGGGCGGCGAUGGACGGGUCGCUGUCGCUGUCCCUGGACGCGGCCGCGCUGGAGGUGAUGGAGGCGCUGGAGCUGCUGCAGCAGCGGCGGGAGCAGCUGGAGCAGCACCUGCGGCAGGGGUGGCUGUCCCUGGCUCAGGCCCGUUACUCCCUGGGUUGUCACCGCGUCUCGUCCCUGCAGUACGGGGCCACCAUGGUGCCCCGAGUCCGUGUGUGCCACAGGCAGGACCCCGAGGGACGCCCCCACUUUGAGGAGGUGCCUGGAACAGGGGGGGACCCCGAGGACCCCGACCCCCAGCAGGGGGGCGGUGACGGGCUGCGGCAGCGCCGGGGAGCCCCUGAGAAAGGGGGGACCCCCACCCGGCCCCCCCCAGACCCCCUGGGCUGGUUUGGGGUCCUGGUGCCCCCCAGCCUGCGACAGGCACAGGGCAGCUUCCAGAGGGGGGUGACACUGGCCGUGGAGGUGGCCGAGCUCCAGGCCACCAUGGAAGCGGCGGCAGCCCGGUACCGGCAACUCCUGCGGCAGAAACGUCACCGGGACGGGGACAGCGGGGACAGCGGGGACAGCCAGACCCCCACGGGAACCCCUGGGGACACCCAGACCCCCACGGGAACCCCUGGGGACACCGAGGGGGACACGGUGACCUCAGUGACUGCGUGAAUGAACUCCGAGGAGGAGGAGGAGGAGGAGGAGACCUCUGCAGGUGACACACGGGGACACAGGUGACACGGGGCUGUGCUGACCCUUCACAGGUGGCACAGAUGCCACCACGGACACAGUGUCCCCAAGGCCUGCAGGUGACACUGAGGGCUCCGCAGGUGACACCGAGCCCUGCACGUGACUGAGGGGAGUCCCCCGUGUCCCCACCUCCAAUAAAGCCACCGUGGUGUCCCUGACUUGUCACCGUCAUGGUGCCACCGCGGGGUCAUUUGUCACUGCUGUCAUGUGCCAUCACGGCCAAUGCCACCGCAGGGUCAUUU